GAUAAACACAAGUUCAAUACAUAUUCACUUCUAUGGACUAGUAAAUGAUUGAGUCGGAUCUAUGAGCAAUAAACGUUACGAAUAUCGUCAUCAUUUGACGUAUUCAAAAGAAUGAGACGGAAAUAGCAGUUCUUUGCAUACGCGUUUUGAUUCAAUGCUGAAGGUUUCAUCACAUUUGGAAAUAUAUCACAACACACAAUGAAAUAUAUUCAAGGUUAAGUUGUUGUUGUUUUUUUUUUUAGCAAAACAACGUAAAUUGAUUAUAAUAAAAAUUCAUCGUUUGAGUUUCGCUACGCUGAAACGUUCAAAUAUGCGAUAAGAAACAUAGCACCCAGUACAAAUGGCGUUAAGUGUCAAAUGACACGCACACAUAGACAGAGAGAGCGCGCGCGUAAACCAAUACAUGCAUACUAUGGUAUGUUCGUUACGUUCAAAUGAAAUCAUCAGCAUUCGAUGUAGCAAAGGCCAUUCCAAGCAAACGAACGACGUACAUUUCUAUAUUGACAGCGACAGCAACAAGCUAAAAUAUUUUAACGGAUUUUUCCCGAACACCAAAUUUCGUGGACAACAUUUGAACAACCGGACAAGACGUCAGAUACAAAAUAGUACAUUUUAAUUAGCAUACAUCAUGUCGAGCACAUCGCAGAAGCAUCGCAAUUUCGUGGCCGAACCGAUGGGUGAAAAGCCAGUUACCGAUUUAGCGGGUGUUGGAGAGACGCUAGGCAAGCGUUUGGCCGAGGCUGGUUUUGACAAAGCCUACACAGUAUUGGGUCAAUAUCUGAUUUUGAAGAAAGACUCUGAAUUGUUCAAAGAUUGGAUGAAAGAUACGUGCAAUGCAAAUGCCAAACAGGCCACCGAUUGUUACCAAUGUCUCAGCGAUUGGUGCGAAGAGUUCUUAUAAACUCAAUCUAGCUAUCAUCGUCAUUGUCCUUGUCAUCAUACAAAAAAAAUACACACACACACACACACACACAAUUUAUAUUCUUAUUUUAUAUUCGGAUUGGUAAAUGAAUGAUUAUGUACUGUUUGUUAAUAACGCGAGGAUUCAUCGAAAUAAAUCUAUAUUAUUGAAUUGUAUCAAGGAA